UUGUACCGGCCCUGAUUGUACCUGAAACCAAUACUGUCCGAUUUUACCCAUAGCAAUGCUAUAUUAUAAAACGAGCAGUAACCCGCUGCUUCCCAAUGGAUGAGAACGGAUCGCUAGGAGUUUACAGCACACACUGCCAUGUACAGUCCUACACUCUGGCUGAGCUGCCCCAAGCUACUGCCAGACUGAUCCAUCAGCUAGUAGCAGUGAAGGAAAGUAGUGUAGGUUCCUGUAGUUUGUUAUUGUAUUUCCAUUACAGCUGGUAAACACAUUGGGGCAGUUUGAUGAGAACACAGCCACACUGCCUUGUACUUUUAUUGGCGGUUCAGACCGUGGUCCGUGGCCAGUACUGUUACAAAGGACUUCUCCACUGCAAUAAAACUGCCAUGCUAAUAGAUUUUUAGAGUAAAAAAGUUCGCUCAAGCAGCAAGAAGGCGCAGUGUUCAUCAUUAAACCGGCUAUGACUGUCACAACAUUGACUCCUUGCGCUGGCAUUUUCUGAAGGCAGUCGUAACAUAAGGCCCCAAUAGGCCCCGCCUACAUACCAGCCCCCUUAUUGUCUAAUAUGGCGGCGUUCCUGGUUGUCUCGGUGACUGGAUAUUUUAGGGUCUAGGAUGUUGAAGAAUACCGGUUACUUCCGGGCGAUAAAGUGCCCGUUUAUUGAAACCUGCCUGCGGCCACACUGUUUCUUCAGACACAGUCAAAGAGGGGUCGGAAGUGUUGGAAACGAAAAGGUCCAAAAUGGGGCAGAGUAUGAUCCUUACAGCCCUGAAAUCCCAGUUCCAACUUGCAUGGAUGAGGAAAUCUUGAAUGUCUUUCCUGAGUCCAGCCAACACAUAUUGGAGCUUGAACAAGUCAACAAAGCAAUUGAAGAAGUCAAGAGUCAGGUGGAAAGAGAGCAGCGAAAGUAUGAGGAACUACUAGAGACCCAAAAUCCGCCCUCAAAAACACUUUCUUCUCUCGAAUAUGACCCAGGUGGUUCUGAAAACACUGCUUCAUGUUACAACCCAACUCCCCUGGCUCGGUCAGUUAAUCCAUGUAAAUAUACUUUAGAUACUGUAGAACGUGAUAGAAGUAAUAGUCGUAUCUUGGAGUAUAUUCCAACAACAGUAACACACGUUUCUCGGAAUAAAACCAGUAAAUAUGUAAUUGAUCAUUCCAAACCUUACACUGAUUUGGAAUAUGAUCCCAUGGUAAACUACUCUGCUAGACUUUUAAGCAAAAAUAAACCCCAAAAAGUGAAAAAAAGAUUUAGAACAAAUAGUCAAGAUGAAAGUCAUGCUCCCUUAUAUAAGAAGUUGUGCAAUCGACCCUCUAAAAUAGUGGUUGAGGCUGAAAAUUCUGACUCUGAAUACAAUUCUCAAUCACAGUGUUCUCCUAUAAAAGUCAAAGAUCUUCCUUCUACUACAAAGUUCAGCUCAUUAACUAUAUCAAAAUCUCCAGUGUGUGCAACAGAAAAAAGAUGUAGGACAGUAAAAGAAACUGCAGUGCAGUAUGAUAUUGAUGAUAUUGGAAACUCCUUAAAGAGCUGCAGCAAGGAGUACAUUAAAAUACCCUUAGAUCCUAAAAAUGAGAAGUUAGAAUGUAGAAAAGAGCAGCCAAUACACAUGCAUUAUGAACAGAUUACUUGCAUCAAUAAAAAACAAAGAACAGAAUCUUCGAAAAGCCACAUUAAGGAUAAAUCUGAACAAGUAGACAUUACAAAUAAGAAUAGCAAGCUAGAGGAGUAUAAGGAGAAAAAAAAUAAAAGGCUGUUAGAACAGACUGAAAAUAAGAAGAUAGAUUUUGAAUCCUCUUAUUCCAAAAAGUUAUUCAGACAAAAAAAAGGUACUGAAAAAAGAGACUGUAAAGCGAAGUCUAGCAAGAAUGAUAUGAGGUCUAAAGAUAUUAACAAUGAAAAGCAAAAAGCCAAAAACAUGAAAUCGUUGUCUUUAGACAAAUCCAGGAUAGCAGUACAAGAGACUGUAAAUGUUAAAACUAAUCUGAAAACUUUAAGUCAUGUGGAUUUAUUCGGUGAUGAGACAAGUGAUGAAGAAGAAAGCAGAAAAACUAGUAAACAAAGUAACUUAAACUCUGACAAAGCUGAGAAGUCUUCCCAUCGAAGCAAGGUUGCUACCACAAGAACUUCUGUCUCCUCAGUGGAUUCUUCUGAGAUGGACAUUUUCUUUCUGGAAAAAGAUUUGGAUUCAGAUUCUGAUCUAGACCGAAUGGAAGAGUGUCUCAGAGUUUUUAAUGAGGCACAUGACAUUAAGAAGGAAGACAAAGGGAGAAUGGGAAAGCAGAUGAGUGAGAGAGAAAAUAAAUCACAAGAAAGUAAUACCUUAAUUCCCGGUCAAAAGAGGAGGAUUUCUCAUGUAGCUAGCGCAAAUAAUGUAAGUUCUUUUAAGGUGGAUUCACCCAGUAAAGCUGCCAUCCGUCCUUAUGGUCGCCCAACUCCUCAGGAGAUUUGUUAUCUAAGAAUUCAGAAGGCCCAGGAGCAAGCUGCACAAUUACUAGCACAACAGAAUAUAGAUCUCUUGUCCAGUUUUGCCCAGAAAUCCGAUCCUAUGAAAAGUAUAGAAAAGAUGCCUGGUUCUCUUUCUUCUGUGUUUUGUAAAAAAAAUUUACAAUUGGAUACAGUUGACACUUGUAAUAGUUCAUCUUCUACAAUAAAGUUGCGAACGCUGUCUGGCAUGACUUCAAAAACAAAAUCUACAACCAAACAAAAACGACAGGCACAUGUACCUUCCUUGCAGUGUGCUGCCUUAAAAAGGCCUGUCCUACCUACUGAAUUUGGUGCAAAAGUGCCAACCACUAUUCGACAGCGUUAUCUGAACCUGUUCAUUGAUGAGUGCCUGACCUCUUGUGAGUCACAACAGGAAGCAUUUAACAAGGCUCUAGAAGAAGAAAGAAUAGUUAACUGCCGAAGCAGCAAUCGUAACAUUUAUCUUAAUGUGGCAGUCAACACACUGAAAAGACUCAGAUGCAAAGGAUCUGAAACAGUUGCUUCUCCAAAAGUUGUCAAUAAGAAAUCAGUUUCCCAUGAGUUUGUCCUUGGUGGGAAAUUGGCAGCAAAGACCAGUUUCUCCCUGAAGCGUACUAUUCAUCAGGAUGAAGAACUGACUGAGGCCACAAUAUAUGAAAAACUGAAAAAAUACAUUCUGACACCUGAACAGCUAAAAGAGCAUGGCUACCCAAUGGUGAACCCUGAGAAGCCUGGAAGAGCAUUAGUUUAUACUGAAGAUGAAAGCAAAAAUUCAGAAUCCUCCAACAAAAUAUGUUGCCGAUGUGGAGCAGAAUACCUGCUGACACCUAGUGGAAACUGUGUGCGCCAAGAGGAGUGUGUUUACCAUUGGGGUCGUCUUCGCAGGCAUAAAGUGCCUGGAGGUUGGGAGACUCAAUAUAACUGCUGCUCUGGUGCUGUUGGCUCAAUGGGAUGUCAAGUGGCUAAGCAACACGUGCAAGAUGGUCGUAAGGAUAACCUAGAUGGCUUUGUGAAGACUUUUGAGAAGUCAAAUACACUUGAAGGAAAUCCUGGAAUAUUUGCUUUAGAUUGUGAAAUGUGUUACACUACAAAAGGACUGGAAUUGACGCGUGUUACUGUUAUAAAUUUUCAACUUAAGGUGGUGUAUGACACUUUUGUGCAACCAGACAACAAGAUUGUGGACUACAAUACCAGGUUUUCUGGUGUUACAGAAGAGGAUCUGCGGAACACUAGCAUCACGCUGAGAGAUGUUCAAGCUGUCUUACUAUGCAUGUUCAGCUGUGAUUCAAUAUUAAUUGGCCAUAGUUUGGAAAGUGACCUUUUUGCACUAAAGCUUAUUCAUCACACUGUAGUGGAUACUGCAGUUGUCUUCCCACAUCGCCUUGGACUACCAUACAAGCGUGCACUUCGUACUUUAAUGGCUGAAUAUCUUAAGCGUAUUAUCCAAGACAGUGUGGAGGGACAUGACUCUAGUGAAGAUGCCUGCUCUUGUAUGGAACUGAUGAUGUGGCGCAUUAAAGAGGAUGCUAAAGUAAAACGAUGAUUAACAACGAGUAUAUUUGCCCACAAAAGUGAAACUGCUGUCGCAAACAUUUUGUAGUAAACUGAUGCCAACCUCAAUUAUACUUGUAAAUUGAAACCUUCAAUACGUUAAGCACCUAACUUGUUUUAUACAGGGACUAAACUAUUAAGACAUUGUCAGUGUAUUUUGUGUAUUCGUGUAGGCCUUUUGUUUUCUCCCAGUUAGAAUGAAAAUCCCACAGUAACAAAAUGUUAACCAACUUUUCUUUACAAGCUGGAUGCUUUUGCAUUUCUCCAAUUAAGAUAAUAUUGUAAAUUUAUAUGUAAAAAAAGUGUUUUUUUUUACAAUAUACAUGGCUUACCUAUUAUGCUCCAUGCCUGCUCUGUUGGUCCCUGACUGUUUUAAGUCCUAUACUUUUAUGUAGUAUACAUGCGAUAUAUUGUCUGUGGAGUGUACUUCCACAGCCGCCAUGUGCUGUAAUAACACAAUAUGUCACUACGGAAGGCGCUGGCCUAAAAUUGUCAUGUGAUCUUACCUGUUAAUAAGGACAAGGACUGCCAGGAAACAGCAGAGCUUUACUGGAACAAAAUGGUCAGGUAUAGUAGAAACUUAUUAAUAACCAUUUUUUCAGCUGAUGAUGUAGUAAAAGGUUCUACAGAAAUAUAUACUCUAAUAUACGGUAAAUUUGUGUGUGUGCACAAUUGGUAAGAAAUGUAUGUUAUGUUCAGGGAGAUGAUUUUUUGGGAUCUAGAUAAUGGAAACC